CAAGUGGACAAGCUUGCUUGUGCACACAUUCACCCACGCAUAUGCUUAUGCAUGUCCAUGUGUUUGAGUGGUUUGCUUGGUUCUUUGGAUUCUUGUUCAAGAAUCUAUUUCCAAGUUCCCUAAGACCACCUCCAAGGAUUCCAUCAAAACACAACAGGGUUUCUUUUAAUAUUAUAAAACUAUUUGUGUAAAUUCCUGAGAGACUACCGGGUUGGUUUGCGUAUUUUGGUGGUGGGGUUAGGUUACGUAAUUAGUUUCCUGGAAGUGUAUUUAAAGAAGACUUAACGGCUACUGCUGGUUUCGUAGAGUUUAUAAAACUCUAAAUUUUGGAGUACAAGGAAUUGGGGCAGCCGUUUCAAUAUAGGAACUUAAUUUCUUGAAAUUAAGCUUGAAGAUUGGGAAAUUUUUUGGUUUACAGAGGGAAAUUUUUUGGUUUACAGCAGAGAAGAAGGGAACUUGCACACAACAUCAGCCAGACAUGGUUGCAGAAAAACAACACUCAAAGAUGGUAACCAGAACAGUGGAUCUCCGGUCUGACACUGUCACUAAACCAACUGAAGCAAUGAGGGCAGCUAUGGCAAAUGCUGAGGUUGAUGAUGACGUUCUGGGUUAUGACCCAACUGCGUCACGGUUAGAGACUGAAAUGGCCAAAAUCAUGGGCAAGGAAGCAGCUCUUUUUGUUCCAUCAGGCACCAUGGGUAACCUUAUUAGUGUGCUUGUGCAUUGUGACAUUAGGGGAAGUGAAGUAAUUCUUGGACACAAUUCUCACAUCCACAUAUAUGAGAAUGGAGGCAUUUCAACUCUUGGAGGUGUGCAUCCAAGGACAGUGCCGAAUAACAAGGAUGGAACGAUGGAUAUCAAUUUAAUUGAAGCUGCAAUUAGAGAUCCAAGAGGGGGACUUGUGUAUCCAACUACUAGGCUUAUCUGCCUGGAGAAUUCACAAGCCAACUGUGGUGGUAGAUGCCUAUCUGUAGAAUAUACAGAUAGAGUUGGAGAAUUAGCUAAAAAGCAUGGUUUGAAGCUUCACAUUGAUGGGGCUCGCAUUUUCAAUGCAGCAGUUGCGCUUGGAGUUCCUGUGCAUAGGCUUGUUCAAGCUGCUGAUUCAGUUUCGGUAUGCCUAUCAAAAGGUUUGGGUGCGCCAGUUGGAUCAGUUAUUGUUGGUUCAAAAAGCUUUAUUGCAAAGGCUAGAAUCCUUAGGAAAACAUUAGGAGGUGGGAUGCGACAGGUUGGUAUCCUUUGUGCCGCUGCUUUAGUUGCCUUGCAAGAGAACGUUGGAAAGCUUGAGGAUGAUCACAAGAAAGCCAAGACACUAGCAGAGGGACUGAAUCAAAUUAAAGGACUAAGAGUGGAUGUCGCUGCGGUAGAAACCAACAUUAUAUAUUUGGACAUGCUAGAUGACUCAAAAUUUACAGCAGAAAAUCUAAGCAAGAGCUUGGAACAACAUGGUGUACUUGUGAUGUUAGAGGGCCCAUUCAGCAUUAGGAUUGUUCUUCACCACCAAAUUUCAGCAAGUGAUGUGCAGUACACUUUAUCAUGCUUUCAGCAAGCUUUAACAGGGGUGCAAGAUGAAAAUGGCAACUAGAGGAAGAAAUGAUGUGAAUUUCUCUUUAAUAAGAUUAUUUCCAUCUGUUAAGUACAAGUGUUAGACUCUUCAUUAGAAGGAAACUGCCUUCACCAGUGUCCUGUGUGUUUUACUUUACAGUUUGAAAUUAAAAAUGGUUAAACAAAUAAGCAGUACCCUACUGCUCAUGGCCUGUAACAUUUAUUAUAGCCAAUAAGGAAAUUAAAUUUAAUAUUA